AUGUCCGAGUCGAGUAAGGAUCAGGAGUCUCCAUUGGCACCGCACAAUGUAGAGACAAGGGCACCGGAUGGCCGAGAAUAUGAGUUCUUUGUUACUACUGGCCAGCCUCACCAGCCCGAGGGCGCUUCGAGGGCUACGAUUCGCCGAGUAGUAAUGAGGAACUUCUUCAAUGACAAGUACGCCAAUACAACGAUCCCGCUUUCCGCUAUUAACUCUUCCUUGACUGUUCAAGCCGGCGGCAAUUUGAAAGGCCGUUUUAGGCUCCCAAAACCCGGCCAAGUCACACCCCCUGAGAAGCAGCCAAGGAGUGCCCCCAAAAGGAAACCGGGCAAGCAAGAUGCGGUGGUCACCGGCCCAAGUACCGAGGCGAAGCAAUCAAAGAUACGGACUGUCACCAAGAAACAAGUGCCACAAACCUGUGGUGGUGCAGUCAUCAUACCUCCAAUCAAAGCGCCCCCUCGGAAUCGCUAUGACCCCUUUGAUUGUUUGCCUAUUCCAGGUAGUUCAAAGAUCCAGUUAUUGUUCACACUAUACAAGACAAAUUUCAGAAUUAACUCCAUAGCUGUCAAUGCGCGGAACACUUGGUGGCCGUUCAUCUCGCGCGAUGCCACAAUGCUUCACUCCACACUAGCAUCAGUCGCAUUAUACAAUGAUCUCACUACUGAAGGCAUCACUUUCCGAAUUGAAGCACUUAGACAUAAAAAUGAAGCAAUAAAGGGCAUCAAUGCCAAGCUUAACUCUCAGAAGGAAGGGAUAUCAGACGAGGUGGUAGGUGCCGUGGCCACCAUCGCCAGCUUCGAAAAUCUAUACGGGGCAUACGAUGCAGCCCAACUGCAUAUAACCGCGCUGAAGAGAAUGAUUACGGCGCGUGGGGGCCUGCAAGCCUUCUCGCACAAUGAUGGACUGAUGAGGGGCCUUGUCUGGGUCGACUUCCACAGCUCCACCGUCUUCCGCACGCCCCCAGCCUUCCCCUACCACCCGCCCACCCCCUCGACCCCCGAAGAAGCCCUCCUGCCCGACGCCCUCCUCGCCGAAGCCGCCUGCUCCUCCCCAACCAGCCUGCUGCAUCUCUCCACCGCCGGCGUCGACUGCUUCAACGUCUUCUACCGCCUGCACCGCCUCGGCCUGGCCACGUCCUCGGCCUGGGCCGCCCGCGUCGCCAAGCUGGCCCUCGCAAACCUGCUCUACGAGGCCGAGUACGCGCUGCUCGCCAUGCCGGACCGCUCGCCGCUCUUCCUGGGGCCGGACCGCGCGCGCCGCGCCGCCGGGCGCUGGGACCCCGGCGACGACGCCGCCGCCGACGCCGCGAGCGUGGUGGAAGCGCUCGUCGCUGCGGGCCAGAUCUUUCUGUAUGCCGCGCUGCGCGAGGUGCCGGUGCGCGCGCGCGUGUUUGAGAUCCUGCUCGCGCGGCUGCGGGCGACGGUCGAGCGCGGGGGCGUGAGUGUGGUGGAGGUGUGGGAGGCGGAGAGGAAUGUGCAUACGCUGCUGUGGGUGCUGGUGGUGGGCGCGACGGUGGCGAGGCAUUGGGGCGGGACGGGGUGGUGGGUGGAGGGGAUUGGAGAGGUGGUGGGGCGGAUGGGGCUCGGGAGGAGGGAGGAGUUUGAGGGGGUGUUGAAGGGGGUGGCGUGGACGGAUGUGUUUUUUGGGGGGGUGGGGGAGGGGUUGUGGGAGGAUGUUUUGAGGGUUAGGGAGGAGGAGAGGAGGAGGGAGUUGGGAGGAGAUGAGGAUGGGGAUGGGGGAGGUGGAAGGGAUGAUGAGCGUGAAGCGAGUGAAGAGGAGGAUGUUUUGGGCUAUGCGGAGGUGGUGGAUUUGCCGAUAAUGUCGAAGGACGGUGGACUCUUUGAGGAUAGAUUCGCUGUAGAGAAUCCUUGGAGUUCCUUAGGGACAUAUUGAUUAGGAUUUGGGGCUUAGAAACCUCGACUUGAUAUUCCCGCGAGGUGGAAGAAGAGCGUUUACAAUGCUAGAAGAGAGUAGUUGACUCAAAACCGCGAACUGAUUGCUGGUGACAUCAGGUCGUUGAAAACUACAAUGAUACUUCCUUC